AUGAACGAAACGAGCUCGUGGAGCAUAUACAGUACCAAAGAAGGAGAGAGUGAAGGGCCAUGGAGAUCGUCGACGUCGAUGAAUGCGAUCUCAUUUGGGUUCGUAGCUACGGCGAUACUCAUCUCCAUGUUCUUGAUAAUGGCCAUCUUCGAGCAUCUCUUCAGGCCUGAGAAUUCUACAUUUGAUUCACCAAAUCGGAUGAGACAAACACAGAGCCAGAGCAGAGAUGGGUCCACUCACUUCCAGAAACUUGUUCAUCAAGCAUCCAUGGUUCCGGUGAACAUGGCGGUGGAUGUAUCGGUAGUGAUGCCGGGAGAGAAGCUGCCAUCGCACAUAGCUCUGCCUGCUCCUUUACCUUGUCCAAGAGAAGGCAUUCGUUGGACUCUCCACCUCUAA